ACUGGAGAGAAGCCUGAAGUCGAAGCCAUCAUGGCCGCCAGCUCCGACUCCCUCCCGUUGGGGGAGAUUGAACGGGCUGUAACGGCAGGUGUGCGGGCUGAGGCUCCGCUUCAAACUGCCGUUCUGUCCUAAACACCAUUAAUGGGGAGUCAAGUAUGAAGGCUACGGCUCCGCUGACUUGCUGCCAGCUGAGCGAGCUUCAUCCGCACAGAUGGAGCUCCUGCGCGUGGGGGGAUGGUUCAGCCUCAUCGUUCUAUCUGCGGCACAGAACAUGACGCACAGCCGUGGCCCUCCUCCACCCUCCUACCUGCUGCUGGCUCCCAGCGUGCUGCGACCCGGGGUUCCACCGUCGCUGUCUGUCACCAUCCUCAGCAGCUCAUCUGUCACUGUAAAAGCCAACAUUGUUCACCACACGCAGCCUGUGGCCUCCAUCUCUGCCACAGUUAAAGGAGGUUCGACUAAGCUGUUGACUUUUCCACCUAUCCAUGGCAACGAGUCCAGUCUCCCCUUCAGCUUGAAUGUCAGCGGUUACGUGGGCUCGGUUCAGGUGUUUUCCAACGUAACGGAGCUGCACUUUGACCCCAAAGACCACUCCACCUUCAUUCAGACAGACCAACAGAAGUAUCGGCCCGGCCAAGUGGUGAAGAUCAGAGCCGUGUCCGUCCGCCCCAAUGGGAAACCCUACAGCCGUCCACUGGACGUCACCGUCAGCGACCCGAGAGGGAACCUGCUCAGACAGUGGCUGGCUGCUAACGCAGACCUCGGAGUCGUCUCCAGAGAGUUUGAGCUGUCUGAAAACCCUCCUUUAGGCGACUGGACCAUUGUUGCUACAAGUAACAACGUCUCCAGUAGCAAGCGUUUCACCGUGGCUCAUUCCGUGACGCCCGCAUGUGAAGUUCUGAUUAAUGCUCCGGCCGUGGUCUACGUCGCCGACACCCUGUCGGGCUCCGUCACGGCCAGGUACUCGUACAGGAAGCCCGUCCAGGGAAGCAUGAGCAUUCGAUUCCGCCUGCAUUCCUGGAGCAGCGUGGAGGUUUAUGAAGAACACAGAGAGAUCGACGGCACAGCCGGGUUCUCAUUCCGAGACGCCGACUACUCGUUUCUGGAGGAAUCUGUGGAGCUGUUCACCGACCUGCAAGAUGAGUUUGUGACUAUUGAAGUUAAUGUGACUGAAGACGUCACAGGUUUCACAUGCAGCAGCAACACAAAAGUGUUUGUGGCAAAACAUUUGUAUAAACUUUCAUUCGAGGACUUUCCUCAGGUUUUAAGGCCCAACCUGAACUUCACUGCUCGUUUGAAGCUGUCUACGUACAACAACCAACCACUGUCACUGGACGACCAACAGAAAACUGUUCAGGUGUCAGUGAUGCAGCAGAAGCUGAGUGUGUCGACCUGGGCAGGGAACCAGAACCAGGCUUUGUUUAGUCCAAAUGUGUCUGGUCUUUCUUGGUCGCCUCCAGACGAGCCGAGACCUCUAGAACUUUGGUUCCAGGUUCCUGCGGAUGGAGUCAUACCUCUCAGCAUUUUCGUCCAGGACGGCACUGGAAUCCUCAUCAUUGAUGCUGCUUUUGAGGACAGCCAGAACACCCUGCAGGUCCAGAGAACCUACACGUCCCCCGGUGACUUUUACCUGCAAAUCCAGAAACCGGCCACAGCUGCUCAGAUCGGUUCUCCCUUCCGGCUGCACGUUGAAAGGAACUUCCCAAAUGCUGUGCUUCACUACAUAGUGAAGUCUGGAGGUCAGGUGGUUUCUGCUGGGAAGAGCACCGAUGACGUGAGGCUGGUCCCAGAGGCCUCCUGGUCUCCUCUCGCCUCGGUCCUCGUCUACACAGUGACCUCCAGCCAGGAGGUUGUCAACGACGCGAUCGAGCUGCCAAUCGCACCACCCUUUCAGAACCAGGUGUCUCUCAGAUGGAGCACGCCUUCAAGGAGACCAGGUGAUGACGUCACUCUGAGCAUCACUGUGGCGGAGCCGGGCUCUCUGGUCGGGAUCCUGGUGGUCGACACGCUCACGCAGUGGAUGGGAUCCAACGACAUCACAGAGGAGAAGGUGCUGGAGGGCCUGAAGGAUCCUGCUGGACACACACAGGGGAGAUCAGAUCCGUACGCCAUCUUUGAGUCCUGUGGUCUCCUGGUUCUCACUGAUGCCAGUCUGCACCGUGUAGUGAGUGACCUGAGUCCCGUUCCUUUGACAGCGUCCGACCUGCGUCCUGCAGCUGAGGUGCGUGAGCGCUGGAACUUCCCUGAGACCUGGUUGUGGAUGGAGGUUAAAACAGGUGGUUCCAAGCGGGCGCAGGUAACUGUGACUGUCCCUGACACCGUGGGCCGGGCCGUGUGGACCGCCUCCGCCUUCGUGGUGUCUGAGAACCUGGGCCUGGGCUUCGCCGACAGACCUGCUCAGCUCACGGUGUUUCGGGAUCUCUUCCUGGCGCUGAAUCUACCGGCCUACGUGAUCCGAGGAGAGGUGCUGCUGCUGGAGGUGGUUCUGUUCCACAAGCUCCCGCUGAACCUGGAGGUAACUGUGACUGUGGAACACAGCAACGCCUUUGAGUUGGACUUCUCAGAAGUGGAGCGUCCCGCCGUCCCCGGCACCCGCCGCGUCUCUGUGGAGAGUGGGAGGCAGCGGUCCGUCCUCUUUCCCAUCAAGCCCCUGGUCCUGGGGGAGACGCUGCUCUCUGUAGAGGCUGCGUCAUCCAUGGGGUCUGAGCUCGUCCGCAGGACUUUGCUUGUCAAGGCUGAAGGACUGGAGCAGAGCUUCUCCUCCUCCAUGCUGCUGGAGCUUUCGUCGUCACAGCCCAGUCUCUCCAGAGACGUGGCCUUCUCCUUUCCUGCAGACGUUGUGGAGGGCAGCAGCCGAGUCUCAGUGACGGCCGUCGGGGACAUUCUGGGCCCGUCCAUCCACGGUCUGGACUCUCUGAUCCAGUUGCCUCAUGGCUGCGGUGAACAGAACAUGAUCAACUUUGCACCAAACAUCUACAUCCUCCAGUAUCUGAGCGCCACUGGACAGCUGGACGCGGACAUCAGGACCAGGGCCAUAGACUACAUGAUGAAAGGCUACGAGCGGGAGCUUUCCUACCAGCGGGCAGACGGCUCCUUCAGCGCGUUCGGAGAGCAGGACGCGUCUGGAAGCACCUGGCUCACCGCCUUCGUGCUGAGGUGUUUCCUGCAGGCGCGGCCCUUCGUCGGCGUGGACGCCCGCGUGCUGCAGCGGGCGGCGGCCUGGCUGGCGUCCAGGCAGGGCAGCGACGGGAGGUUCGAGGAGCCGGGCCGCGUCAUCCACACGGAGCUGCAGGGAGGUCAAGAUGGGCCCAUCGCUCUCACAGCCUACGUCCUCAUCGCCCUGCUGGAGGACAGCGACAUCAGGGCGCAGUAUCGGAGCCAGGUGUCAUCGGGCCUGCUCUUCCUGGAGACGCGCUUGGCUCUGGGCGUGUCCGGUAACUACAGCCUCAGCCUGCUCACCUACGCGCUGGCGCUGCAUGGCAGCGCCAACGCCAACGCGGCCCUCGGCACCCUGCUGGGACGGGCGGAGCCGGCGGCGGAGGCGGACGCGGUGCCCGUGUGGCGCUUCCCAGAGCGCGGCCUGUCGCCGUCGUGGCAGCCUCGCUCCGCACACAUUGAAAUGGUGUCCUACGUGCUGCUGUCUGAGCACAGACUGGGCCGCAUCCUCGACGGCAUCGCCCUCAUGAAGUGGCUCAGCCAACAGCGAAACCACAUGGGAGGAUUCGGAAGCACUCAGGACACGGUCACGGCUCUGCAGGCCUUGUCCACGUUGGCAGCUUUGGGACAAUCGAACAGCCUCAACGUCAGCCUCACGGUCAACGCCGACGCCUCCACCACCGUGGCCUCCUUCCACAUCCAGCCGGACAACUACCUGCUCCCCCAGAGCCAGGAGCUCGUGCCGGCGCAAGAGCUGCAGCUCCAGAUGAAGGCGUCGGGUCAUGGAUUCGCCGUGUGUCAGCUCAACGUGUUUUACAACAUCAGGGAUGAGACGCUGAUGAGGAGGAAGCGAGAGGCCACUGCCGGUGAAGCCUUCGACCUGGACGUCCAGCUGGAAGACGCAGAGCUGAGCUCAGGUCGCCUGCUCGUCUGCUACAGCCUGUCGGAGGCCGUGGGCCUCAGCGCCACGGGCAUGGCCGUGCUGGAGGUGGGGCUGCAGAGCGGCUUCAGCCUGGCGCCGAGCGGCGUGCGGGCGGGCGGCGGCGUGAAGAGGGUGGAGGCGCCGCCGGGGAGGGUCAUCGUGUACCUGGACUCUGUGACGACCAAGGAGGCGUGUGUGACGGUUCCUCUGUUCCUGGAGUUCAAGGUGGCCCGAGUCCAGGAAGCAGCUGUUGUCCUCUAUGACUACUAUGAACCCAGGCGACGAACGGUGAGGACGUAUGAGUCCUACUGGAGGAGGUACGCGUCGGUCUGCUUCUUCUGUGGCGAGCGCUGCAGUGACUGUAGAGAGGACGAUGACGGGUUCUACCCUGCGUCGCACGCCGUCAGAACCCUGUCGCCGAGCGCGUUAGUAGCGGCGCUGCUCAUCGCUGCCUUCAGCGCCUAGAAGACGUCCUUGACGCGUGAUUGACUUCAUUUACUGUGGAGUUCAUGCAUCAAUUAAAGUUGUA